AUCGUUAUAAAUACUGUGCAAUGGGGCAGGUCUGCAUCAGUGUCAGUUCUGAUCCUGUCGGCACCGCUGAAGAGGACGAAAGUGACCUAGUGAUAAACGAAGAUGCGUGCGUACCAAGUUAUUGUGUUAGCUGCCGUUUGCGCCGGAGUUAGUGCCGGAUAUAUCGGUUACUCGGGCUACGGUGGGUAUGCAGGCUACGAUGGUGACAAUGGAGGAUAUGACGGACACGCAGACUAUUAUUCACACCCAAAAUACGCAUUCGAUUACUCAGUAAAGGAUCCUCACACUGGUGACUUUAAAAGUCAAUGGGAGACCAGAGACGGUGAUGUUGUUAAGGGCUCGUACUCAGUUGCGGAACCAGAUGGUACUACCCGCAUCGUCGAGUACACCGCCGACAAGCACAACGGAUUUAACGCAGUCGUAAAACGCAUCGGUCACGCUCACCAUCCGCAAAUCUACAACAAUUAUAAUAGUUAUCAGGGUUAUCACUAGAUGUCGCUUAUAAAUUAACGAUGUGAUCAAAAAGUAUGCCCUAUAAGUCCACUAGGUGGCUCUGUACCUAAAGUAGUUUAUGAACAAUGUAGGUCUCACGGGUACCUGAGGUACCUAUUUACCACAGAAUCAGUGUUGAACUGUGAUAUUAAUAAAACAUUUAAUAUAAUUAUAAAUAAAUAUUUAUUAUAAUUAUUUGUGAAAGUAUGGCGAUAAUAUUAAUAGGGUAAGGAUUUUGACGAUACAAUAUUUCGUUUUUGUUUUUAUACAAAUCAUAAAUACGAGUAAAUGAAUGAUA